AUGGUUCUUUUACUGAAAAAAAUGUACCAAUGGUACUUUAAGGUUUUCAAAGAAUAUGCUGACCCUAGAGCUGAUGAAUAUUAUUUAAUGGCAUAUUCCUAUGGAAUAUUUCAAAUGUUGUUUAUAUCUUUGGGUUAUUUGUAUUUAAUAGAUUACCUGAAGAAAUUUAUGCAUAACCGUCCUCCAUACAAUUUAAAAUCAGCUAUUUUGCUAUACAAUGGUCUCCAAGUAUGUUUUAAUGGAUAUAUAACAUAUCAUGCAUUUUUUGAAUCACUUAAUUUAAGUUUAUAUUGCUCGCCCAUAAAUUAUUCCACCGAGCCGAGGCAUUUAUUCGUUCUUAAAAUUGCAUAUUUUUACUUCCUCACGAAAAUAUUAGACACAUUAGACACAAUUUUCUUCAUUCUUCGUAAAAAAGACAGUCACGUGUCAUUUUUACACAUCUACCACCAUUUUGGAAUGAUCAAUAUUACAUGGAUUGGAGUUAAAUUCCUUGGAGGCGGCCAUAGUAUAUUUUUGGGGUUAAUUAACUCCUUUGUUCAUACUUGUAUGUACACUUAUUACUUCUUAUCUGCGUUGGAUGACAAAUACAAAAAUAUUUCUUUCAAGAAAACAAUUACCCAAAUCCAAUUGAUUCAACAUACUCUUUUAAUUUUGAUAUAUGGCUUCUUAUUAUUUACUGACUGUUCAUAUCCUAAGUUUGCUUCAUUCUUUUUCGUUCCGCAAUGUUGCUUUAUGGUGGCUCUGUUCGGUGAAUUUUAUUAUAGGACUUAUAUUAAGGGUGCCAAUAGAGAAAAAAAUAACUAA